AUGAGUCAAACACUGUCUCUCGCCAGCAUCCAAAAGACUGUUUGGGAUGGGAAACUCCCACUAGAGAUCGUCCUGGCGCCAUCCGAGAGCCGGAGCUAUGAUCAGACAGAUCCAUAUCUUAUUGCAUGUUCACGACUCACCUAUCUCCCCUCUCUAUUGCCCCGGUUAAGGGCGUUCUUCUCUCCGUCCUUGAUCGACCCUAACUCCCAUGCCCAUGACGGAUGGUUCUCGCUUGAAGGUGUCCCAUUAAAAUGGCACUAUCCUAUCGGACUAUUAUAUGACCUCUAUGCCGAAGCAGAUCCGGCAUCGUCUAAGGGGGGUAAACCGGAUGAGGCAGACGAAAAUACCAGCAUCCCACUUCCUUGGCGGUUAACGGUGCAUUUUAACGACUGGCCUCAUGAAGAAUUAGUCCAACUUGACGCGGAGGGGGUGGUAAUGAAUGAUGCCUUCAUUAACAGUGUCAAAGAAGCGGACUUUCUUCGAAACGGGACGGCGAAGGGAAUUAUGACUCUUUCCAAAGAAGAUUCAUCUGGUUUGUGGCAAGCUGUUCAAGACGUCGAUCUCCCCUCCUUCCAACGUAUCUCCAAUAUUCUACUCCCCUCCCAACCAUUCCGCAAUGUGCCUAUUCGCUUCUUCCUCCCUCUUCCUCCAGAUUCAGGCGCCCCAUCUCUCAAAUUAGUGCAAUCACCAAUUUCACCCUCUAUCUCGACAUCGCAGCCACAGACUAUCGGCACAACCCUCCACACCCUCCUCCCGCAUUUGUUUCCGAGCCGCAGAACACCCGUAUUAGCCAAGCCUGUACUGCACGGAGCCGUGGUGCCCAUGUCUGCGCCCAUUGAGGAAAUAGUCAGGAGUUCAGCUUAUGGAGAUGGAUGGGCAUAUAUUGUUAUACGUAUGAUGGGCUAG